AUGGAUGGCAUAAAUAUUAUUGGAACUCCUGAAGAGCUUCCAAAAGCUAUGAAUUGUUUAAAGAAAGAGUUUGAGAUGAAGGACCUAGGAAAGACAAAAUUAUGUCUAGGUUUGCAAAUUGAACAUUUGGACAAAGAAAUAUUUGUACAUCAAGAAGGCUAUAUAGAAAAGGUGUUAAAACACUUAUAUAUGGACAAAUGUCACCCAUUGUCUACUCCAAUGGUUGUUAGGUCAUUAGAUGUGGAGAAGGUUCCUUUCAGACCUCGAGAAAAUGAUGAAGAAUUGCUUGGUCCUAAAGUACCAUAUCUCAGUGCAAUUGGAGCACUAAUAUACCUUGCUAAUUAUACACGUCCUGAUAUAUCAUUUGUUGUCAAUCUAUUAGUAAGAUACAAUUUUUCACCUACACUGAGAUAUUUGAAUGGAGUCAAACAUAUACUUUGUUACCUUAGAGGUACAAUAGACAUAAGUUUGUUUUUGACCAAAGUAUCUAGAUACGAAUUAACAGAUUAUGCAGAUGCAAGUUACUUGUCAGAUCCUCAUAAUGGUAAAUCACAAAUAGGUUAUUUGUUUAGAUGUGGGAAUACCGUUAUUUCAUGGAGAUAG